CCCCCGCUACCGGGUGCGGAGCCACACUGCCGUCCAGCGGGGGCCGGAGGGCGGUAGAGGCGCCGGGGGCGAUGCCGCGGCCGGGGAAGAGCUCGUACAGCGACCAAAAGCCGCCCUACUCGUACAUCUCGCUGACCGCCAUGGCCAUCCAGCACUCCGCCGAGAAGAUGCUGCCGCUGAGCGACAUCUACAAGUUCAUCAUGGAGCGCUUCCCCUACUACCGCGAGCACACGCAGCGUUGGCAGAACAGCCUGCGCCACAACCUCUCCUUCAACGACUGCUUCAUCAAGAUCCCGCGGCGGCCGGACCAGCCCGGCAAGGGCAGCUUCUGGGCGCUGCAUCCCGACUGCGGCGACAUGUUCGAGAACGGCAGCUUCCUGCGGCGCCGAAAGCGCUUCAAGGUGCUGCGCGCCGAACACACUCACCUGCACGCGGGAAGCACCAAGGGCGCGCCGGGCGCCGGGCCCGGAGGGCACCUUCACCCGCACCACCCGCACCACCCGCACCACCACCACCACCACCACCACCACGCGGCCGCGCACCACCACCAUCACCACCACCCGCCCCAGCCGCCGCCCCCGCCGCCGCCGCACAUGGUGCAUUACUUCCAUCAGCAGCCGCCUCCAGCCCCGCAGCCGCCGCCGCACCUCUCGUCGCAGCCAGCGCAGCAGCCGCCCCAGCAGUCGCAGCCCCAGCCGCCGUCCCACCCGGGCAAGAUGCAGGAGGCGGCGGCGGUGGCGGCAGCCGCGGCGGCCGCGGCGGCCGCGGCGGUGGGGAGCGUGGGGCGCCUGUCGCAGUUCCCGCCCUACGGGUUGGGCUCCGCCGCCGCGGCCGCCGCGGCCGCGGCCGCGUCCACGUCGGGCUUCAAGCACCCGUUCGCCAUCGAGAACAUCAUCAGCCGGGACUACAAGGGCGUGCUGCAGGCCGGCGGGCUGCCCUUGGCGUCGGUCAUGCACCACCUGGGUUACCCCGUGCCAGGUCAGCUCGGCAACGUCGUCAGCUCCGUGUGGCCGCACGUGGGCGUCAUGGAUUCGGUGGCCGCGGCCGCCGCCGCCGCCGCCGCCGCGGGGGUCCCCGUGGGCCCGGAGUACGGGGCCUUCGGGGUGCCGGUCAAGGCCCUGUGCCAUUCGGCAAGCCAGAGCCUGCCUGCCGUGCCGGUGCCCAUCAAGCCCACCCCCUCGCUGCCGCCGGUGGCCGCGCUGCCUCCGACGCUCGCUGUCCCCGCGGCCGCGCAGCAGCCGCCGGCGCCGUCCACCGUGUGCCCUGCGGCUGCGGCCUCUCCCGCCGCCUCCCUGCUGGAGCCCACCGCCCCGACUGCGGCAGAGAGCAAGGGCAGCUCCCUGCACUCGGUGCUGGUGCACUCCUAGGGGACCUGGCGGGCGGGGGAGGCGAAAGCGUGCAGGGACUCCCGGUCCUGGGCUGCCCGGGAGGGAGAGGGCGCCCUGAGGCUGGGCAGAGCUGGCGAGCCUGAGCCUUUGCGGCAAAGGAAGGUCUUCGAACGGACAAACCCGAAAGUGGAUUCUCCAGUGGUUGAAUAAAUAUAACACUUAUGGUGUCUGUGUUUAUACUAUGUUGUACAAUCAGAUUAAUGAAAGCCAAUUUUCAGGUAAGAGUUUUCUAUUGUGAUUAAUAUUGGAAGUUAAUAAGUUAUGGGGGGAGGGAGCGAAGGAAUUUGGGGAAGCUUCAGUCGCUGGCAAAUUGGAAAUGGAUUUAGACCCCUAUUCCUGGGAGAAGCUGGUGGAGUUCAACCUCCCCGGGAGAAAUCCAACAGAGAAUGACGCUUAAUACAGACCUCAGCCACCAAGUUUCUCACCCCGGGCAGCGGCCCUUCGUGAACAUCCAAGACAAAACUGCUAUUCGCUAAGGAAAUCUCGUUUUAUUUAAGAAGGAUAAGAGAGAGCGUUUUCAUGUCGUUAUUUUCCCGGUCAGUUAAAUGGGCGAGGACACAGUGUCAUGACUUAAGUCGCUUUGGGGAGGCAGCGGGAACUCCACGAAGGAUCUUGGGAAACAGUUCAGUUUCUUGGCUCUGACCCGGGGUCGAGAAGGAUAGAAGGAAUGGCUAAAGCAAUUAGUUUGCACAAAACAGAAUGGCAGCGGCUUAAAGAGCAAAGCCCCAGAUUCCAAAAGUAAAGUUCGGGGAAACACAACCAAAGAGAGACAAUGAAGGCGGCUUUCUACCUGCAAUUCGUUGGUGUAUCAAUCGGACGAGGCCGUUUAGGAGCCCCAAAAUAAUGUUAAUUCCCACGAUCCGUUCCCUUUGGGAUUUUAAAGAAAAAACAUCACUUGCACCGAGGGAUUUUGUUCCUCUAAACAUGAAUGCAAGAAUGCCCCAUCACCCGACACAGUUGCUCUUAACGCUUCCAGGAGCGUCUCCUGGCGGUUUCCUUCCAGCCUCCGGACGGACGCGAGAGGAUGACCCCGUCCCUUUUGCGCUCUGCGAUUUGGUAUUCUGCGUGCUGAGGGGGCGCGUCCGUCUUUUAGGCGAAAUUCUUCAGUUUCAGUUCGCGAAUGGAAAAGAAACUUGCCGCGCUGUCGUCCCUUCCCCCCCUUUUGAGCCCCAGGAAUAGCACUUUACUCGCAACAAACUUUUGGGAACGAAGGGGGGCGGGUAGGGAGGAGGCAGCUGCCCUUGACCUCCGAGUCACCUUUGGCUUGCGUCCGCGCCGCGUUCGGGUUGUGACUUUGUGACAAGUUCCUGUCUGCCAGUGUUGUACGCGGUGUUUUCCAUUAAAGCUUCUCUCUGGAUCUGCCGCUGCGGGUGUGAAGGUGUUUUCGCUUCUCAAGAGAGGAGGCGGCAGUUUGAGUGUCCACUGGGCGGUCAGGGGGCUUUACACACCCUCCCCCCUUCCCUUUAUUUCUUAACUUCAAAGCUUCAUAGGAGUGAGUUCACGGAGAGCCGCCAGCAAGGACAUGUUUCCUCCACUGCUCCUUGUAUCCGUUGGCGCAAUUACCUCCUAUUCGACCCAUCCUGAUCCUGGUUUCCGGAGCUCUAGCCCACCUCAGUGCUGGAGACCCGAUUAGCAAAAACUUGCAACAGUGAAUCGUUUGUUCCCUCUUGAGGUUCGUAUCAAUACACCGUCACCACCGCCCGACACCCUUUCCCUUUUCUAAGGGCCUCUCCGAGGGCGGGCCACGGCCUGGGACUCCGUACCCUUGGGUAGGCGCCCUUAAGUCUGGGGGGGCCGACCCGGGGCUGGGAAGUCGGGUCACUGCCAC